AUAUCAUUAUAUAUGUUUGUUACAUUGUAAAUGCUGAAGAUUCAACAAGUAUAGUGCUUUUCAAGAAUUUGAGGAAUUAAAUGAGUUUAUAUUAAAAUUAAUAUACGAUUCUUUAGUUGUAGACAGUUUAUUAAGAACUGUAAUAAGCCAUAUAUAUAAUAUAUGGCACCUCUUGGAGUGAAGUUGUACGUAGAAGAUAAGCAUGUGAUGAUGGACAAUGGGAUAGUACAAGUUACACUGUCAAACCCAGAUGGAAUCGUUACUGGAAUUCGAUAUAAUGGCAUAGACAAUUUGCUUGAAGUUCGUAACGACGAAUCCAAUAGAGGGUACUGGGACCUGGUCUGGAACUCACCGACCACUGGUAUCGCAACUGGAAUAUUUGAAGUGAUAAGGGGUACGAAUUUCAGUGUAAUUGUAGAAAAUGAGGAACAAGUGGAAAUUUCUUUCAGUAGAACUUGGGAUUCGUCAAUGCAGGGCAUGCUUGCGCCCUUAAAUAUUGAUAAGAGGUUCAUACUGCUACGAGGUUCAUCCGGAUUUUACUCGUAUGCGAUUUACGAACACUCGAAGGAAUGGCCUGGUUUCAACCUUGGUGAAACAAGAAUUGCAUUCAAGCUCAGAAAAGACAAGUUUCACUACAUGGCCGUAGCAGACAACAGGCAAAGAAACAUGCCCCUGCCUGAUGACCGGAUACCACCUAGAGGCCAAGCCCUGGCUUAUCCAGAGGCUGUUUUGCUUCUCAAUCCCAUCGAGCCUGAAUUGAAAGGAGAGGUUGAUGACAAAUAUCAGUAUUCAUGUGAGAACAAGGAUAUCAAGGUCCACGGGUGGAUUGCCAAGGAAUCUAAUGUGGGCUUUUGGCUUAUCACACCAAGCUAUGAGUACCGAUCUGGUGGGCCCCUCAAACAAAACCUCACUUCUCAUGUCGGCCCAACUGCUCUUGCGGUAUUUCUAAGUGCUCAUUAUACGGGAGAUGAUUUGGUGCCAACAUUUGAAGAAGGAGAGCAGUGGAAGAAGGUUUUCGGUCCUGUUUUUAUCUAUGUUAACUCUUUAUUUGAUGGAAGCGACCCUCUUCAAUUGUGGGAGGACGCUAAAAUACAGUUGAUGAUAGAAGAGCAGAGCUGGCCCUAUAGUUUCCCAGCUUCGGAAGAUUACCCCAAGUCACUAAAACGUGGUAAUGUUAGUGGAAGAUUACUUGUAAAAGACAGAUAUAUUAACAGUGACUACAUUUGGGCAAAUGGGGCAUAUGUGGGGUUGGCUCCACCAGGAGAGGUUGGAUCGUGGCAACGAGAGUGCAAGGAUUACCAAUUCUGGAGCAGAGCAGAUGAAAAUGGCUACUUCUCCAUCGAUGAUGUUCGUGAAGGCGACUAUAACCUAUACGCAUGGGUCCCUGGUUUCAUUGGAGAUUAUCGUUAUGAUAUCGUCCUUACCAUAACCUCUGGUUGCUAUAUUGAGAUGGGGGAUUUAGUAUAUGAGCCUCCAAGAAAUGGACCAACAUUGUGGGAAAUUGGCAUUCCUGACCGCUCUGCUGCAGAGUUUUAUGUUCCUGAUCCUAAUCCAAACUUCGUCAACAAACUUUAUGUCAAUCAUCCUGAUAAGUUUAGACAAUAUGGACUUUGGGAAAGAUAUGCUCAACUUUAUCCUGAUAACGAUUUGGUUUACACUAUUGGUCAAAGUGACUACACCAAAGAUUGGUAUUUUGCUCAGGUUACCAGGAAGAAAGAAGGUAGUAAAGCAUCAUAUCAAGGUACUACUUGGCAAAUCCAAUUCAAGCUCGAUGAAGUAGACAAGAGCACUACCUAUAAGCUAAGAAUAGCAUUGGCAUCAUCUACUCUUUCUGAAUUACAGGUUCGAGUAAACGAUCCAAAGCUGGGAAAUCCUCUGUUUUCAAGUGGAUUAAUAGGAAGAGACAAUUCAAUUGCUAGACAUGGAAUCCACGGCCUUUACUGGCUGUACCAUGUGAGCGUACCAGCAACUAGGCUUGUUCAAGGAGAUAAUACAAUCUUUUUAACACAGCCAAGAAGCACAGCUCCAUUUCAGGGGAUUAUGUAUGAUUAUAUUCGCUUAGAAGGGCCCCCUUCUCCUUCUCCAUCUCCACCUUCAUAGUUAAUAAUGCUCUAUUAUUAUUUUGUGUAACUUUUGUUAUGGCCAUAUCUUGUUUUCCUGGAGAAUUAUAUAUUUAUAUACUUUAGUGGGGAAAAUUGUAUGACUUCUUUUUAAUUAUAUUGAAAUCCUUCUUUACUAGUAAA